AUGACAGAGAUACAUGGCACCUGUGACCCCAAGUUCGAGGGGGUUCGCGCCCUUCUUGAGAAGUACAUCGAGUCAGGCGAAGAAAUUGGUGCUUCAAUUACCAUUGACAUUGACGGUCAGGAAGUGGUGGAUAUCUGGGGCGGGUACGCAGACGAGAAGCGAACCAAGCCUUGGGAAGAGAACACUAUUGUCAAUGUUUUCUCCUGCACAAAGACAAUCACCAGUCUUGCAGUUCUGAUCCUGGUCGACAGAGGACUGAUUGAUGUCAAUCAACGCGUCUCACACUACUGGCCCGAAUUUGAGCAAAACGGCAAACAAGAUGUCCUGGUCAGGCAUUUGCUGAGUCAUACGUCUGGUGUCUCAGGCUGGGAAGAACCGCUGUCGACUGAGGACAUGUAUGAUGUUGAGAAGACGACUGCGAUGUUGGCGCGGCAAGCUCCAUGGUGGACGCCUGGCACGGCUUCUGGGUAUCACGCUUUGUGCUCGGGGCAUCUGCUUGGAGAACUCAUCAAGCGCGUUUCUGGGAAAUCGCUGCGAGAGUUUGUAGAUACUGAGAUUGCAGGUGUUUUGGAUGCAGACUUUCAGAUUGGCGCGGCGGAGCAAACCUGGGAUCGCAUUUCGCCAAUCAUUCCUCCGGACUUUACAGGAAUCACACCAGAGUUUGAAGAAGGAUCUGUCCAGGCCAAAACACUUCUCAACCCGCCCCUUGACCCCAAAUCUGUGAACACCGGGCCUUGGAGACAAGCUGAACUAGGCGCUGUGAACGGCCAUGCCAACUCCCGGUCACUGGCCCGUAUACUCUCCGCAAUCACCUUAGGAGGCUCAACCCGAGGCAAGAAGCUUCUGUCAGAGGAGACAAUCAAGUUGAUCUUUCAAGAGCAGUUUGCUGGAAAGGACUUGGUCCUUGGACUGCCAUUCAAACUUGGCAUUGGAUAUGGACUCACGCCUUCUCCGGCCCUUCCCUGGAUCCCGGAGGGUAAUGUCUGUUUCUGGGGCGGGUGGGGAGGCUCGACUAUUAUUAUGGAUCUUGACAAGCGCAUGACGAUUGCGUAUGCCAUGAAUAAGAUGGGUGGUGGACUUGUUAGUAGUGAUCGAGCUGAGGCUUAUGGAAGGGCCAUUUAUGAGGCUUUUGAGAAGUAAUUUAUAUGAUUUAUGUUCCAAUAUCAGUAAAACAUGUACUGAG